AUGCGACCCGUCCAGAAGUGCUGGCCGCCACUCAUACCAAGCGCAGGGGCUACCGAUCAGUUCUUGCAUGUGGAUGGCUCGAUUCCCUCGGCCCGCGGUGAGGGGAUGUGCGACAUCCUGGCCAUGAUCUGCGUGCGCCCGGCUGCCGAGGGCGGCGCCAGCAAGCUCGCCAGCGCAGCCGAGAUCUACGCGCGCCUGCAGGAGAAGCCCGCGCUGCUGAAGAUUGUGGAGCGGGGCUUCAAGUACGACGCGCAGUCCGUGGAGUACCAUCCCGACUGGCGCCAGCCCGCCCGGGGCGACCGGGAGAGGCCGAUGGCCUACCAGGAUGCCAAUGGCCGUCCCUGCAUCCAGUACGCGAAGAACAUGGUGGAGACCAUCAUGGCCGUUUACCGCGGCACCCCCGACGAGGAGGAGGUGCGGACGGCGCUUGCUGAGCUCGAGGAGGUCUGCAGCGACACUGCGGUGGUUCAGCACUGGGAUCUUACGACUGGGGAGGCUUAUCUGGUGGACAACUACCGCUGGCUCCAUGCACGCACCGCGUUCGUCGACGACACGCAGGCGCCACGCCUCUUCUUCCGCCUCUGGCUGCAGGUCCCAGACUUCAACGCCCGAGACGAGCAGGAAAAGACUGGCGACGCGGGCAGCAAAAAUCGGAGCAGUUGCUGA